UCAGUUGAUGGCAAUAUCACUUCACAAAAGUGAAAACUAAACAGCCUCUCUUGAGAGAACUGUUUGACUUUGUGCUUUAUUGGAGUUGUUGGACCGACGGACUUAUUGAGGGGGACUAUAUCGCGCAUGCUCAGUUCAUCCUCUGGAUCUCCGGUUAAUGGCUGCCAGGAAAGAUGAACAGAUGGGCCCCGUUUUUUCACUGUGAAGCGCACCGACCUAGAGGACCGUUAUCUCGAGCGGUUCCAAGUUAAAAUGGUCGAUAAACGACCAAAAGGGCACACCGAAACCGUUCCUCAUAGCGUGAACACGUCGAAACAACACCCACAAGUCCGUGUUUGUGGUCAGUUCUGCCUGCUGAUCAGAAGUUAACCUGCGGCCAUGGCAGUGAAGGACCGUGUCGAGGCGGUGCUCAACGUGGGUCUGCGUGUUCCCAGCAUCAUGCUGCUGGAUGUCCUGUACCGCUGGGAUGUGAGCUCCUUCUUCCAGAAGAUCCAUCGCUCCAGCCUUUCCAACAACCCUCUAUUUCAGUACAAAUAUCUGGCACUCUACCUGCACUAUGUAGGUUACAUUCUGAGCUUGGUGCUCCUCACUCUGCCCCGUCAGCACCUUGUUAAACUCUACCUGUAUGUUCUCACGGCCCUGCUGCUGUUUGCUGGACACCAAGUCUCACGGGAUUAUGUUCGCAGCGAACUGGAUUCUGGCUAUGAAGGCCCGGUCUACCUGGAACCACUCUCCAUGAACAGAUUCACCACCGCACUCAUAGGUCAGCUGGUGGUGUGCACUCUGUGUUCCUGUGUGAUGCAGACCAAGAGGAUUUGGCUUUUCUCUGCUCACCUCCUCCCCCUGGUGGCCAGGCUGUGUCUGGUCCCACUGGAGACCAUCGUUUUCAUCAAUAAGUUCUCCAUGAUCUUCACUGGGCUGGAGGUCAUUUACUUCCUGGCCUCUAACUUACUGGUACCAUAUAACCUAGCCAAAACCGCCUACAGGGAACUGGCUCAGGUGGUGGAAGUGUACGGCCUGCUAGCUUUGGGUAUGUCUCUGUGGAACCAGCUCGUCCUUCCGGUCCUCUUCAUGUGUUUCUGGCUCGUACUAUUUGCUCUGCAGAUCUACACUUACUUUAGCACAAGAGACCAGCCUACCUCAAGGGAGAGGCUCCUUUUCCUCUUUCUGACCAGUAUUGCAGAAUGUUGCAGUACACCUUAUUCUCUGCUGGGUCUGGUUUUCACUGUCUCCUUCAUUGCCCUGGGAGUUCUCACGCUAUGCAAGUUCUACUUGCAAGGCUACAGAGCUUUUAUGAACGACAACACCAUGCACAGAGGUAUGACAGAGGGCAUCACCCUCCUCAUCCUUGCAGUCCAAACUGGCCUAAUAGAGCUGCAAGUCAUCCACAGAGCGUUCCUCCUCUCCAUCAUCCUCUUCAUUGUUGUUGCUUCAAUCCUACAAUCCAUGCUGGAGAUAGCUGACCCCAUCGUCCUGGCCCUUGGAGCCUCCAGAGACAAGAGUCUGUGGAAGCACUUCCGAGCCGUGUCUCUGUGCCUGUUCCUGCUUAUCUUUCCGGCGUACAUGGCUUAUAUGAUCUGUCAGUUCUUCCACAUGGACUUCUGGCUUCUCAUCAUCAUCUCCUCAUCUGUCCUCACCUCGCUGCAGGUUCUCGGCACUCUGCUCAUCUAUGUUCUCUUCAUGGUGGAGGAGUUUCGAAAGGCUCCGGUAGAAAACAUGGACGAGGUCAUUUACUGUGUCAAUGGGACCUACAGACUGUUGGAGUUUUUGGUUGCGGUGUGUGUGGUGUGUUACGGCGUGUCUGAGACGGUGUUUGGGGAGUGGAGUGUCAUGGGCAGCACCAUCAUCUUGGUCCACUCGUACUACAACGUCUGGCUCCGAGCCCAACUGGGCUGGCAGAGCUUCCUGCUCAGGAGAGAUGCUGUGAACAAGAUCAAAAGCCUCCCCACAGCCAGCAACACACAGCUGGAGCAGUACAAUGACAUCUGCGCCAUCUGCUUCCAGGACAUGAGCAGCGCUGUGAUCACUCCGUGCAGCCAUUUCUUCCACGCCGGCUGUCUGAAGAAAUGGCUGUAUGUCCAGGAAACGUGUCCCCUCUGUCACUCCCAACUCAAGAGCCAGUCGCCCGCCGCUGGCGGCCCCAACCAAGACCUCCCAGCAGCUAAUCAGAGCCCCGCCGCGCAGGAAGAAGCCCCGGCCAACCGCGAGGAGAAGGACGCUGCUCCUUCAGAUGGCGGGAGAGAAAGGGCAUCGGGCGAGGGGGAGGGGGAGGGAGAGGGGGCAGCUUCUACAUCAGCGGGAGGAUCCUCCUCUUCCUCCGGCAUGCCUCCUUCUCCCCUGAACCUUGUCAGCCCUCCAUCAUCAUCAUCAUCCUCAUCUUCCCCUUGUCCCACUUGUCCGCUGACGACUAAUUCAGCGCAGAGUCAGUUCCUAAAAGCUCCCCUGCCUUCAUCGUUGCCCCCUUCUUCUGACACAUCCGACGUGUCCAGCCCGCCUCCAUCUGGCCCCCCCACAGCCAUCCUUCACCCCUCGCCCUCACAGGUACCCCCCCCUGCAGAGCCUGAGCCACACCCACAGGAUAGCCAGGGCUCAUCCACUGAUCCGCCAUCACAUUCUGAGGACACAGCCCACCCCCCACGCACCCUCUGAGCCUCAAUGCAACGCACACAACACACAUGCAUGUACUAAAACAGAAGAAUCUCCACAAUCCAAAUACUCCAUCUGCUUCUACCCGCCCAGCGCUCCGCUCUCCCCUCACGUGGCAAAUCCAACUCUUUCACAUCUCCUCCGAGAGGAAAAAACCCCCCAAAAGGGUCCGAAGCAGAUUCUCACCACGCAGUGUUUUUAAGAGAAGUGACGAUGCUUACAGUUUCACUGGGUGUCGGUACUGUUGAGACGGCUAUCUGAAAACAGUUGAUGUGUCCCUGAUAUGUCACACUGGCAUCUUCUACUUUUCACCCCUUAUUUCUGUCCUCAUGGGGGACGCAGUAAACUAAUCCCAGAAACGAUUGGUAGAACUGUAUCAUCUGCAACAAAUGUGAAAUCUUGAAAGGACUAUCAGGACCUCUGAGUUUGUUUUGUUUUGUUUUUGCUCGUACGUGGAAUUUUUACACCGACAGUCGCAUUUCCAGAAUGACUCCAUCGUCCUUACCAGGACGUGGAUCUAUUACUGCCAGAUGUGUAUAUGCUCACUGGUCCCUCUUGCCUUGGUUUUGUGCGGCAUCUCUUUCACGGCUGCACACUUUGGGGUUUUCUCUGUGGUCCUGCAUGUGCCAUGACGCGAGGGCUAGUGGACCGGAGGUCGACACGGCUCUGACAGGCGAUUGAAACAUUUCAUGUAGUCGGCAAGAUGUUGAGUUCAAACUAUUUUGGUCGUUGCUACUGGAGACGGUAGCAGUGUGCACGUGUCAGGAAACGCUGAGCAUUUAUAGACUGAAUGUUGUCUGUGAAGCCGUCACUUGACCUGAAGCCCGGUGCUAAGCAGAGGAAACAGGCUUUGGUUUCGUCAUGUGUUCUGUAUAAAAGUCAGCGGGCUCAUUUGGUAUGACUAAUUAAUUUCCUAGGUCAAGCUGUUGCUAUUAUACUGCUUCGAUAUUUGAAUCAAACUUGUUUGGCUGGUCCCAGCAACAACAGCAACAAAAAAAGAAAAAAAGAAAAGCGGCUCUACUCCUCGUUGCCAAAGUUUUCGUAUCGCUGUUUCCGAAAUGUUGUUUUCAAGCUCAUUUUUACAGCUCGGUGUCAGACAGGACGUAGUGCUGAGCAACUGGAAAGGCGGAGGGGGGGCCCCACGGCUCCUGUUAGAGCACGGUUAGACUGCUGGAGUGUGAAUACACUCAUCAGUACUCACCCCCCCCCUCAGUGAAACGUUACUACCAGCAAAUCGAGCCAUUUGAUAGCUUUCCCCCCUGAUCCCUACACAUGGACGCUUCUUCUCUCUCUCUCACACACACACACACACACGCGCGCGCGCACACACACAAAUCCACACCCACGCACGUCGGUGGAGCGGGACGAUGAAGGAAAGACCAAAACUUGACACAGAGUUUGAUGCACGCUCACAUGUACAGCUUGCACGCUGCCACCCUUCCCACAGAGUUCAUCUUUGUCCUUAAUGUGCUCUAACCUUGCUACCAACGUUUUUCUCUUUUUUUUUCUGCCUUCUACCUUAUUUUUACCUUUU